AUGGCAAGCACAACACCCGGGGGCGCCAUCCACGGGUACCUUGGGGCGCAAUCUGUCGAAGCCGGUGUGGCAGAGGAGGACAGUGUCUCGACUCUGGAUGUGUCCAUGGUGUGGGGGAGGCGAGCGCUUGCGCCUGUUUGCUGGACGGGGGACUUGUCUGAGUGGUUAAGCGGCCGACAACAGACGCGGCAUCACGAAUACCUAGGCGAUGUAGGAUGCAGGGGACUCUGGGCUGACGAUGAGCAUGGAACUAAGAAGGGACACGAAAUGGUGCGAGGAGAUGAUCUAGGGACAGGUCAGCAGAAGGUGAAAUCGGCUCCACUCCUUAGCGGGAUUCCACAAGGCUACUCUCGCUGUACUCAGCCCAGUUCAGCGCAGCUACAGGGGAUGAGGGGGGCGAGGAGAAGCUAUCGCCCGGGCCACACUGUUCCCAAACAACAACAUCAACAACAACAACAACCUCAACAACAUCAAUCCUCUGACUCCACGAUAACGAAGCGCCAUCGCGCAUACUUACGCCUUUCCAUCAACAUGGGAUCAAGCGAUGUCAAUUGUCAAAAAGCGCAUCGGACGUCAUUGACAAGGCUCUGCGCAUCCGACAGUUACAACCUAGCCUAUACAUCCGCUUGAACACCGAGUAAGUACUGUUUGUACAACCGCGGGACGACAACUCUUCAGGGGCAUCACCC